ACUCAGUUGACCGGAGGCAACAGCAGAGGAAGGUCAGGCAGCGCGAUCUCUCCUUUCUUCUUCGUCAGCCUUCCCUCCCGAGAGUUUCCAAAUGUCCAUCUCAGGUUCACAGCGUGACUCAAACAGGAUGUCAAGGACGCCGCUCCAAGACUGUGAGAGCCUCGGCAAGCACUGCGGCCUAGUGAUAUACAUGCCACAGAAGAGAGUUUAUAUCAGUGAUGAGCAGAACAGGAUCAAGAUCUUCCACAUCGGCCAGAAGAACAACCUUCCUACCAAGACUGUCCUUCUCAUUGGGGAAACAGGAGCUGGAAAAACCACUUUAAUCAAUUCAUUUUGCAACCAUUUCUUCGGAGUGAAAUUUCAGGAUGGAUACCGUAUGAAACUGUUCGCUGAGGAGGACAACUGUGAAGGGAAGGAACCCUACGAGAGUCAGACCGAGAACAUCACAGGAUACCUCUUCUACGCAGAGGCUUUUAUGCCGUAUGAUCACAAUAUCAUGAUCAUUGACACUCCAGGACUGAACGACACAAGGGGAUGCACUAAACAGCAGGAGAUCAUGCACCAAAUGACUGUGUUUCUGAAGGAAGAGAAAUUUGGCAUUCUUGACCUCACUUGUCUGGCCUUUGUUGUGAAAGCCAACCUCAACAGGGGUCUCGGGUAUUUUGGCAAAAUAAUUGAGAGCUGCAUGAAGCUAUUUGGAGAGGACACAAAGAACAUCACGCAGAUUCUGAAAACCUUUGCUGUUGAUAAGAACUCCAACAUCAAGAAUAUUUUCCGUGAUAAAUGGAAUAUCGAAACAGAGAGUGAAUUCAAUUUUGAUAACGGGAUUCUCUACGAGCCGAAUAAAGUGGGCGAAACUGACCUUUAUGGUAACAUUGCUGAGAAGUCAGACAUCGACAUGAGAGCACUAAGAUGGGACAGUCAGAAGAAGGAACAUGCAAACUUCUUCCAGACCCUAUCGAUGAUGCCAUCAGUGAGUCUGACACUAACGAGGGAUGCACUGAAAGAGAAGGCUUAUUUGGAACAGUCUAAAAGGAAUCUGACCAAAAACAUUAAAUCGGCUUUGACGGAGAUUGCUAUUGGAAGAAAGAAUGCAAAUAUGCUCAGGGAUUACAACAUGAGCGUGAGGGAAAACAGAGCUUGGAUAGGCAGAGAAACCACCAUAAAAAAGACACGCGUUCCUCUGACUACGGGAUCGGGAGCACCACUCAGGUGGUACCAUUUUUUACCACACGCUCACAACUGCAAAAAGUGUAAUAAGACAUGUGUCAUCAUCUGCCACGUGUGGAUUCCAUGUCCACAAAAAGCGUCUACAUGCCCAGUUUGCAACUGCCACAGCUGGGCUCACAAAAAGGAAAAGGAAAUCAUCAAAGAAUCUGUAGUAAUGAGAAAUGUGACUGGUAGGGACAUGGAAGCCAAGAUCGGGAAGUCGGGGAAUCUGGAAGAGAACAUACAGAGAGUGCUCGCUCACAUGAAAGCGGAGGAAAAAGUUAUAAGGGAGGUCAUAGCAAGGAUGGUCAAGCAUAUCUGCCUCCAUACUGAAAGGCUUAGUGAGAUUUCCCGAGCCAAGACCCGUCAAUCAUCCAAAGAAGUCAUAGAAGAAGUCAUCUCCAACAGCAUUCACAAUACCCAAGGCAUCGUGCAUUUACUCAAUGAAGACGGCCAUUCUUUCUUGCAAGCUGUCGCUGAGGAAGCCGAAAAGAUCGAAGUCAACAAGGAAGAGUGGCUGCGAGAGCUCCAGGAAACGAUGACCGAAAGCACCACUGCUUGGGAAAGAGCGAGCAAAAUCGUCCGCAGGGUCGCAAGCAAUAACUUGGCUUUUCUCAUGUUAAGUCCAGACGACACUUCACUACUUACUGCAUGAAAAAGCUGCUUCCAUAAGGAGAGAUGAAGGUGUCGAACAGCCAGCUUCAAAUCCCAAAUGCAUAUUCCCAAACUGUAACCAAGUACUAGGACAUUCCCUAAAAAAAGCAGGACGGCAUAACUUAAAAACUAUCCUUAUAAUCUUCUUGAAAAUAAUCUCAUUAUGUUUCCCACACCCAAGUUACUGGUUAGGUACUUCUUUGAACUAACCUAACCCAACCUAACAUAACCUACCUAACCUAACCUAAUCUAGGGGCAUGGCCAAAAAAAAAAAAAAAAAAAAAAAAAAAAAAAAAAAAAAAAAAAACAGGACUGGUGCAAUACUGGUAUACAUUUCAGGAAUUUGCAUCUCGGAUUUAAAUGUCUGAAAUCUAAAGGCCAGUGUUGUUUCCUAAAACUAUGCAUGCUUGAUGCAAUGUGAGAAGGGGAUACACAGGAGAGUGUCAUACACUGCCGCGAGGCAUCUGAGUAACUGAUAUUGUUACACUGUAAAUCGUUGGAUUUCUCAAAAUAGCACAGAUGAAGCAAACGACUGUAUAAAUAUUGUGUGCAUGUGUGUGAGUGAGAGCAAUCAGCAUCUUCCCAUUAUUGCAAAAGAAACAAAAAUGUAGACUGACAUUGAUGCUGCUGUGAUGCUAACGUACGUGACAAAAACUGUGUAAGGUAGCGACCCAUUACACUUGUAUGUCUUAUGCAUUCUCAAACCAACGCUUUUCAAAUCACAUAUAACUGCUUAGUUACCUCAAAGAGCACAGUUAAUAUUUGAAUUUAAUUUCAAGAAAAGAGCCUCUAUCUAGUUAUCAUAUGUAUUAUAUAAAGUAGGUAUUUGUAAGCUAAGGAUAUUUCAUCUGGUUCAAGAUACACUCUUGACAAGUCUGAGAAACAUAUUUUAAUAUGUCUUGUAUAUACUCAUGUAAAUAAAGAAUGAGAACCUGUA